AAAAAGUUUGGGAAACAUUGAUGAUAGACCAUGUGGUCUUACCUAACGGUGACAUCACUCUCCUCUGUCCAUCAGGAUCGCCCCAGUCGCGGUCAGGUGGAAUCGUCAGCAGGCGGCCGCAGCCAAGGAACCGAUCCUGCAUGUUCUACACCUGACUGUCACGUCCCGGUGAAAGGAAGCUGCAGUAACAGAGCCCAGAGAAGGUCGUCCUCACAGGACAGACUGAUGGACAAAGACACGGACAGACACAGAGACACAGACAGCUUCAACAAGACCAAAGCCCCAGAGAUGGCUAGCUGCGUACGUUCCGGCGACUGCGCAGCUGGACUGUGCUGCGCCCGCUAUCUGACCGGGAAACGAUGCCAGAGGAUCCCCGUGGAGGGCGAGGCCUGUCUUCCUCGGGGCUUCACCAAACAGAGGAGGAACCUGGGACGCUGCAACUGCGACGUAGGGCUAGCCUGUGUCACGGAGCCGGGCAAAAACAAGGCCCAGGGGGUGUGUCUGCCCCGUCCCAGGCAGGGCCAGAGGAAGACUAGGCAUUCUGGGAAAAAGAGGAGAACGGCAGAGAGCGGCUGCUGAGUCCGAUACUUCGACUUUUAGUUUAGUUUGUAGCAUUGUCACUAAAAUGACGACAUGGAGGACCUUCUGAAGUUCCAGGUAUCUAGAGGAGGAGGUUCUUCUCUCCCGUGUUAGGUCACGGGGGCGAGGGGGCCGAAAGAGGGAGGAGCAAUUUUGAUUAAUUUAAUUUCUUUCUCAGUGUGGAUUAGUAAAGUGAAGGUUUCCCAACUACACUGAUCUGUCCUGAUAGUUUCAUCACCCAGACCGGGCUCCUUAGAGUUAGUGUGAAGACACCUGUGUUUGUAUUUUAUUUACAUUAUUUUUUUAUUAUUAUUAUUGUUAAAUAUGACUCUAUUGACAGUUUAAUUGUGUUUCUAUAUUUAUGAAUGCAUUUGUGUGCUAUUUAUGAAACAAAUAAAGACCAUGCCUUCGGCGUCACUAGCCUUCCUACGUGUUUAUUUUGGCCGAUAACGAUCCCGUACAGUUGCAUUUCUUUUUUCAAGACCCAUCCUUUCAUUCUCUGCCGUGUAAUUCCUUACUAUGGGGGUGGGGGGUGGAGCUCAUUUCGGCACGAUUUUGGACAUUUUAUUUCCUUUUCCUCCCAGCAAUAACACCCAAAUCCCUCCUGCAUUUACUGAACAUUUCUCCGCCACCGCUAAAUCUGCAUUUUAUUUUAUUUUGGUCUCUUUCAUCUUAUUUUCUCGGUGAGUUCAGCUGCGUGACGCACGACAAAUGUAAGUACAGUAUUUAACGAUAAUACCUGGUCGUUUUAUUUCAAGUUUUAUCCUUGUUGUUGACGUAUCCUCGAUACGUGCUCUUUUGACAGAAACCGGUCCUUUAUCCCAAUUUGAGGAGCCGCGGAUAUCGCCUGACUAAAUUCCACUACAUUACGUUAACAAUUGCAUUAACCCACGGUGAAAGAAUUAUAAAAACACGGUUUGUUUGUUUGGUUUUUGUUGUUGUUUUGUUUGGGUUUUUUUUGCCAUUUUGGCUCUUCCCGAACACAAAACACAUAGUAUAAAAACAAUAUAAUACUAUUCAAAAAUAAAUGUUAUCCGUUAUCCCGUCUGCAACUUUUGUCCCGGAGAGACUAAACUUAAAUUGAUGUCGGCGCUAGCUAGAAUGCUAGCAUUUUGGUAUAGGCUAACUUACCACAAACUUUGCUCUCAUGACACUUUGAGGUGUUUUAGCGCUAGUUCUACACUUUGCUGUAAAAUAACCUUAUCGUCAACAAAAAAAAAAAAAAAAAAAAAAAAA